GUGUUUAAUAAACCGAAGUUUCGGAUGAUAUCUGGAACAUUCAAAACAUACUGUAGUUGAGCCAUUCCGCCAACUCAGUCAACGAUAUAACACUCAAAGUACUCGUAAUUUAUAUAUAUUUGUUUUAAUUUGCAGUCGAACAAAAGUUGGAUCUUUUCAUUCUGACAUAGUUAUUAGCGGAUAUCUGAAAUGCAUCUAAGCAUUUUUGGGAUCUUGAUGUUCUGUCCGUUGCUGUUAGCCGUUCCUGGGCCCUGGGAUUGGCUGCAAGACCUCUGGGAUCUGCGCAACAACAAAAUCCAGGGGUAUUUUCGUAUUGAGGCACUGAUACUCAGUAUGCAGAACCCUAAAGGUACCACUAGAGCUUCUUUGCCGUGUGACUUUGGAAAUGAGGGCAAAUGUGAUCCAACAAUUGGAGCAACAAUCGAUUAUCAUACGCCAAAUUAUAAUUUUGGGAAGGACUCGGUUCCAUUCAAGCGUUUUGCCAUCAUCCACGACGGAGCCGGCGAAAGUGACGUAGAUAUCAACCAAGCUGUCUUCAAAGACGUCUGCAAUAACAGUACUCGCAAAAUCAACGUCAGAGUCUUCGCCAAAGACAAAGAUCCACUCCCGUUGGCAGAUGACCUUAUUGACCACUGGAGCUGUUUUAUUCAAACAAAUCCGGGACCGGCUGUCGACGAAAACGCGGCGCAUUGGUCGGAAGAGCAGACCUGUGUGGGACACAAUCCAGCUCAUACGAUCAAGUGGAAAUAUCGUUGGUAUUACAUCCCACAGAAUGAAUGCCAUGAGGUGGAGGGCAGCAGCAGCAUCGUCAAGCGGUACAACCCUUUUUCACAGGAUUAUCUCGUUUAGUGGACGUUAAAUAUUUUUUUCUUAAUAUUUUGUGGGAAGUGCAUUAGAAACUUAUGUGUUGCGAUCUAACAGUGUAUUCCUCGGCUAAUUUCGUCAGCAAAAAUGCGUUCAACAGGCGUGAUUGUUUCUGCUCACCUAAAAUUGAUCAAAUACUAGUCACAAGGUGAACCUCUACGUUAUACAUGUGCCUGUAAAUUUUAUAAGCGUAAAUUUUAUGCACUGUGCAUUGUGUUUCGGAAACCCUUUGCUCCAGCUAUACAUAUUAUUCUACGUACAGUACUACAGUACUACUCUGUACGUACAUCACUAAUGAAGUGCAAUAAAAUCCUCAUCCUAA